AUGGCGCUCCAACAGCUUGUGUGCUGGUUCAGUGUGAUGAUCGUACUCUUCUUCAAAGAUCUGAUCAGAUUGGCUGGCUCUGGAUCGACUCGAUGCUCUGGCAGAGUAGAAAUUUAUCACAAAAAUAUCUGGGGAACAGUCUCUGAUUAUAACUGGGACCUAAACGAUGCUGAUGUGGUUUGCAGACAGAUAAACUGUGGAUCGGCACUAGAUGCUCUUCAACUUGCUUACUUUGGUGAAGGAACUGGACAGAUUUGGCUCAGUGAUGUGACCUGUUCAGGAAAUGAAAGUUCUUUAACUGAAUGUGAACACUCUGGAUGGGGAAACUACUACUAUGGACAUUACUACGAUGUUGGUGUAAUCUGUUCAGGUGACAAAAUGAGAACACUUUUAGAUAUGUAACAAUUUGCUUCAUAGUUUGUUCAGUGUCAUACAUUAAAAAAAAAAAAAAAACAAGGUCCAAUCAGAUUAGCUGGAUCAACUCAAUGCUCUGGCAGAGUAGAAAUUUUUCACAAUAACAUCUGGGGAACAGUCUGUGAUAAUGGCUGGGACUUAAAUGAUGCUGAAGUUGUCUGCAGAGAGUUAAACUGUGGGACAGCACUAGAGGCUCCUCGAUCAGCUCACUUUGGUGCAGGAACUGGACAGAUUUGGCUUGAUAAUGUGGCCUGUUCAGGAAAAGAAAGUUCUCUAACUGAGUGUCAACACAGUGGAUUUGGAGCAAAUACCUGUAAACACGGUCAGGAUGCUGGUGUCAUUUGUUCAGCAGUAGGAAGGAAAGACCUGCGGAGUCUCUCUGUCCCACAUCGUGGGUGCAGCAGCCUGCCCCUGAAGGAGCUGCUCAGUGCUGUCAAAGUCUCCUGUAUGGGGUGA